AUGACGGCACCAAUCCAUUAUCAGCCCGCCUCUGCGCGGAUGGUCGACUCGGAGGAUGAAGGCCUCAUGUGCCUCGACCUCCAAGACCAUUCCUCCUACCAAGGCUACAGCUUCGGUGCUAAGAAGAGCAUCGCUGGAGAACUAGUCUUCCAAACUGGUAUGGUGGGAUACCCAGAGUCGGUAACAGACCCUUCGUAUCGUGGCCAGAUUCUUGUAAUCACAUUCCCACUCGUGGGAAACUAUGGUGUGCCUUCUAGGGAAACCAUGGACGAACUACUUCGUGACCGCCCUGCACAUUUCGAAUCCUCCCAGAUUCAUAUCGCUGGUCUCGUCGUAUCUUCUUAUGCCGGCGAGGAUUUCUCGCAUUAUCUCGCGACCUCGUCCCUAGGAGCAUGGCUAAAGGAGCAGGGCGUUCCUGCUAUGUAUGGUAUCGAUACAAGGGCCCUAACGGAACGUAUUCGACAAGAAGGUAGUAUGUUAGGCCGAAUGCUGCUGCAAAAGCAGGAUUUAACAAAUGGAGCCACCAAUGGUGUUGUAAGCCAUCAAAUUAAGAAGGAUUGGAAGCCUUACUUUGAUUCAAUCGAUUGGGUUAAUCCCAACACAAAAAAUCUCGUAGCAGAGGUUUCUAUCAAACAACCCCAACUAUAUAAGCCGGAUCCCGCCACAACCUUAAAGCAUCCCUCUGGACGCCCUCUUCGUGUACUCUGUCUAGAUGUUGGCAUGAAAAAUAACCAACUUCGAUGCUUCUUGAACAGAGGCGUUGAAGUACUUGUAUGCCCAUGGAAUCAUGACUUUGCUAGUGGCGCGGGGUCCGAAUACGAUGGUCUCUUCAUCUCGAACGGACCUGGUGACCCUGCCGUUAUGCGCGAACCCGUAGAACAGAUUGCCAAGGCGAUGGAGGCUAACCGAACACCCGUGUUUGGUAUUUGUCUUGGUCAUCAGCUACUCGCUCAAGCGGCUGGCGCCAAAACAGCAAAAAUGAAGUUUGGUAACAGAGGACAUAAUAUCCCUUGUACAAGUAUGGUUACUGGGAAGUGUCAUAUCACUUCGCAGAAUCACGGUUUCGCAGUUGACGCCAAGACACUUACAGAGGAAUGGAAAGAAUUGUUCGUGAACGCCAACGACGGUAGCAAUGAGGGAAUCAUGCAUGUCAACAAGCCAUACUUCAGCGUACAAUUUCAUCCAGAAAGUACACCUGGUCCUCGCGACACUGAAUUCCUAUUUGACGUUUUUAUAAAUACCAUUGUCAAUUGCGCCAAGGAUCAAACGCUUCUGGAUUCUCCAGUUAGCUUCCCCGGCGGCACCACCGAAGAAAACGAGCUAUUGCACCCGCGUGUCAAUGUUAAAAAGAUUCUCGUUCUCGGAAGCGGUGGUCUCAGCAUUGGGCAAGCAGGCGAAUUUGAUUACUCUGGAAGUCAAGCUAUAAAAGCUCUGAAGGAAGAGGGUAUUUAUACCGUCCUCAUCAAUCCUAAUAUUGCAACGAUCCAAACCUCGAAAGGUUUGGCUGACAAGGUUUAUUUCCUUCCCGUCACUGCCGAGUUCGUUCGUAAAGUUAUUGUUUACGAACGACCGGAUGCUAUAUACGUUACCUUUGGAGGUCAGACCGCUCUCCAGGUCGGUAUUCAGCUCAAAGAUGAGUUCGAAGACCUCGGUGUGAAGGUGCUAGGCACACCCAUUGACACUAUCAUCACGACAGAAGAUCGAGAGCUCUUUGCUCGCAGUAUGGAUUCGAUUGGCGAGAAGUGCGCCAAAUCUGCCUCUGCAAGCAGCGUGGAGGAGGCCAUGCGUGUCGUUCAGGACAUUGGUUUCCCUGUCAUCGUUAGAGCUGCUUAUGCUCUGGGUGGUCUGGGCAGCGGGUUUGCUAACAACGAAGCCGAGCUCUUAGACCUCUGCAAUAAAGCUCUAGCAGCGAGCCCACAGGUGCUGAUCGAGCGAAGCAUGAAAGGCUGGAAAGAAAUUGAGUACGAAGUCGUACGAGAUGCUCAAGAUAACUGCAUCACUGUUUGCAACAUGGAAAAUUUUGAUCCUCUCGGUAUCCAUACGGGCGACUCAAUCGUUGUGGCUCCAUCACAGACGCUAUCAGAUGAGGAUUACAACAUGCUACGAACGACUGCAGUCAAUGUUAUCCGCCAUCUAGGUGUUGUCGGCGAGUGUAACAUCCAGUACGCCUUGAAUCCGUUUUCAAAGGAGUACUGCAUCAUCGAAGUCAAUGCGAGACUGUCAAGAUCAUCCGCAUUGGCAUCUAAAGCAACGGGGUAUCCCCUCGCGUUUAUCGCUGCCAAACUAGGGCUUGGUAUUCCGCUGAAAGAAAUCAAGAACACAGUCACAAAGGUAACCUGCGCCUGCUUUGAGCCUUCUCUAGAUUACGUUGUUGUCAAGAUGCCCCGAUGGGACUUGAAGAAGUUCACUAGGGUGUCUACGCAACUCGGUUCGUCGAUGAAGAGUGUCGGCGAGGUUAUGAGUAUCGGAAGAACCUUUGAAGAAGCUAUCCAGAAGGCAAUUCGAGCUAUUGACUUCCACAAUCUUGGCUUUGGUGAAACUAAGGCGCUUAUGUCGAUUGACGACGAGCUACAAACUCCAUCUGACCAGCGUCUCUUCGCUAUUGCAAAUGCUAUGCACGCUGGUUAUUCAGUGGAUAGAAUAUGGGAGCUCACCAAGAUUGACAAAUGGUUCUUGCACAAAUUGAUGGGCCUGAGCCAGUUUAGCAAGGAAAUGGCCACAUAUACCACCGGCCAAAUCUCCGAGCGCCCAGACUUACUUCUCCAAGGCAAACAACUUGGAUUUAGCGAUCGCCAAUUAGCAAAGUUCUGGGACUCCAAUGAGCUGGCAGUGAGACGUAUGAGGCUAGAAUUCGGCAUAACUCCUUUUGUCAAGCAGAUUGACACUGUUGCUGCGGAGUUUCCCGCCUAUACCAAUUACCUCUAUCUCACAUAUAAUGCUUCAACACAUGACAUUAGUUUUAAUGAUCAUGGCGUAAUGGUACUCGGAUCAGGCGUCUACCGCAUUGGUUCCUCCGUCGAGUUCGAUUGGUGCUCAGUGAGAGCGAUCCGCACACUUCGGGAGUCUGGCUUUAAGACCAUCAUGGUUAACUACAAUCCUGAGACUGUCAGUACUGAUUAUGACGAGGCAGAUCGUUUGUACUUCGAGAACAUCAAUUUGGAAACCAUUCUUGAUAUCUAUCAAAUGGAAUCCGCCAGCGGAGUUCUCGGUGCUAUGGGCGGUCAAACCCCCAACAACAUCGCAUUGCCAUUGCUACGUUCAGGGGUUAAAGUCUUGGGAACGUCGCCGGAGAUGAUCGACAGGGCUGAAAACCGUUACAAAUUCUCACGUAUGCUGGAUGAAAUCGCUGUCGACCAGCCAACCUGGAAAGAGCUUACAAGCUUCGAAGAUGCGAGAAGUUUCUGCCGAAAGGUCGAGUACCCGGUGCUAGUUCGACCUUCGUACGUCUUAUCAGGUGCUGCGAUGAACACUGUGUACUCUGAGGCAGAUCUCGCAUUAUACCUGCAACAGGCUGCAGAGGUUUCGCGUGAGCAUCCUGUGGUGAUUACAAAGUACAUUGAGAACGCCAAGGAAAUCGAGAUGGAUGCCGUUGCGAAGGACGGAACUGUCGUGGGUCACUUUAUAUCUGAACACGUCGAAAAUGCCGGUGUCCAUUCUGGUGAUGCGACUCUUAUCCUGCCGCCGCAGGAUCUUGAGCCGACUACAAUCCAACGUAUCGUAGAGGCUACCCGGAAGAUUGGCGCUAAACUUAACGUUACUGGCCCAUUCAAUAUCCAAUUCAUUGCAAAGGACAAUGAUAUCAAGGUUAUUGAAUGUAACGUCCGAGCUUCGCGUUCAUUCCCCUUCGUGUCGAAGGUCAUGGGAGUUGACCUAAUUGAGAUGGCAACUAAAGCAAUCAUGGGAGUUCCGUUUACUGAAUACCCGCCAACGACUCUUCAGCCGGAUUGCGUCGGUGUGAAGGUCCCGCAAUUCAGCUUCUCGAGACUGUCUGGUGCCGAUCCAGUUUUGGGUGUAGAGAUGGCCUCCACCGGAGAGGUUGCUUGCUUCGGCAUGGAUAAAUAUGAAGCAUAUCUCAAGGCGUUGAUGUCAACCGGAUUCAAGAUUCCGAAGAGCAAUAUCCUUUUGUCAAUUGGUUCUUACAAGGAUAAAAAAGAAAUGCUCCCAUCGGUCCAGAAAUUGCAGAAGAUGGGAUAUAAAUUGUUUGCUACUGCAGGUACUGCGGACUUCCUUCAGGAACACGGUAUUCCUGUCCAGUUCUUGGAGGUCCUUAGCAACGAGGAAGAUGAUCAGAGAUCUGAGUUCUCACUAACGCAGCAUCUGGCAAAGAACAUGAUUAACCUCUACAUAAACCUUCCGUCAAACAACAAGUACCGCCGCCCUGCCAAUUAUAUGAGCAAAGGAUAUCAGACCCGACGAAUGGCUGUCGAUUACCAGAUCCCGCUGGUAACGAACGUGAAAAAUGCUAAGAUUCUAAUCGAGGCUAUCGCAAGGUAUUUCGAAUUAGAAAUCAGCAACCGUGAUUACCAGACAAGCCAUCGCACGAUAGUUCUUCCAGGGUUGAUCAACAUCGCUGCUUUCGUACCUGGAAUUGGUGCUCAGGGCAGCAAUGACCUUCAGGCUGUUACAAAAGCUUCAAUCGCCUCAGGCUUCAGCAUGAUACGAGUUAUACCUAUGGGCAUUGAAGGCUCCAUUACCGACGCAAGGACACUAAAGAUUGCUCAGCAGAGUAACAAAGAAGGAGGCUAUUGUGAUUACAACUUUUCCGUGUCGGCCACAUCCAGUAACGCCGACCAAAUUAGCCAAGUAACCAGCGAGGUUGGAUCGCUCUUUAUCCCGUUUAACCAUUUGUCAGAUAAUAUUAGCAAGGUCGCCGCGGUUACUGCACAUUUCGACUCUUGGCCUACCCAUAAGCCUAUUUUGACCGAUGCUAAGACUACGGACCUCGCCUCUAUUCUGUUACUUGCGAGCCUUCACAAUAGGCGUAUCCAUGUCACUAGUGUCACGACUAAGGAAGAUAUCCGGCUCAUUGCUCUUAGCAAGGAGAAAGGCCUGAGUGUCACUUGCGACGUGUCGAUUUAUUCGUUGUACCUAUCACGGAAGGAUUUCCCCGAAUGCCAGUAUCUUCCUGCACCCGCCGACCAGCAGGCGCUCUGGGAUCAUCUUAGCACGAUUGAUGUCUUCUCUAUCGGAAGUCUCCCGUAUCAGCUUGCGCAUUCUAUUCAAUCUGAUGCAGACCCUACAGUUGGUAUUGCUGAUGCCUUGCCUCUUCUGCUGACGUCUGUCACGGAAGGCAAGUUAACGUUGGAUGAUGUCAAGACGCGGCUGUACGAUAAUCCAAAGGAGAUCUUUGAGCUUCAUGAACAGGUCGGAACUUCAGUUGAGAUUGAAAUUGACCGCCCGCACACUAUACCCAAGACAGCGUCGUGGUCGCCAUUUGCUGGUAAGACCAUGCGUGGUGCGGUGCAGAGGGUUACUUUCAACAACAAGACGGUCUGCCUCGAUGGAGAACUUCUUCCUCUGGCACCUCUCGGGAAGGAUAUGUCUACUCAUGGCAGUAUGCCUGCACCUAUGUCGCCGCCUAUGCCCCAACAAACGCAUCCCUUCGAUGCUCUCCGGACUCGACGCUUCUCUAACAUUGGGAAACCAGUGGGGAUGUCGCGGUUGACUGACGGCGAGGCAGACGACCAGAGACCUGCUUCAAGGAAUGUGCCAGGUGCAGAAGAGUUCAGUUUGCCGGGACCUGCACGAGCACCGUUCGUUGACUCCCUGCAUGACCUCCUUAUGCAACCCUCCGCCUUCAAAAGCUCGCAUGUGCUCUCCGUAAAGCAAUACACGCGAUCAGAUCUUCAUCUGCUGUUCACUGUGGCUCAAGAGAUGCGCCUCGGUGUCGAUCGAGAAGGCGUCCUUAAUAUCCUACGCGGCCGGGUUCUAUGCACCAUGUUCUAUGAACCAUCGACACGUACCUCGGCAUCUUUCGAUGCAGCUAUGCAACGACUAGGUGGCAGGACAAUCCCUAUCACCACAACACAUUCGUCUGUUCAGAAAGGAGAGACGCUUCAAGAUACACUCAGAACACUUGAGUGUUACGGCGAUGCUAUCGUUCUACGCCAUCCGGAAGAAACGUCGGUAGAUGUUGCAAGGAAGUAUAGCAAGGUUCCUAUCAUCAAUGGUGGAAAUGGAAGCAAAGAACACCCUACGCAAGCUUUCCUUGACCUCUUCACGAUCCGUGAAGAGCUUGGUACUGUACAAGGUUUGAUUAUUACCUUUGUGGGUGAUCUCCUCUACGGACGACCAGUUCACUCGCUAGUAUAUCUACUACGACACUACCAGGUCCAAGUUCAGCUGGUUUCGCCGAAGUCGCUAGCACUGCCAGCGGAAGUUCGCAGCCUCCUAAAGGAAUCUGGACAGUUACUUUGCGAAUCUGAGGAGCUUACCCCGGAGAUUCUAUCAAGGAGUGAUGUGUUGUACUGCACUAGGGUUCAAAAGGAGCGCUUCCCCAGCAUUGAAGAGUACGAGAAGGUCAAGAAUUCGUACCGCAUCGAUAACGCGACCCUUAAGCAUGCGAAGCAGACUACCCGCGUGCUACAUCCCCUGCCGAGGAACGAAGAAGUUGCGGAGGAAGUUGACUACGAUCACCGCGCAGCUUAUUUCAGACAGAUGAGGUACGGUCUGUACUGCCGAAUGGCCCUGCUAGCUUUGGUCAUGUCGGGUUGA